UAUAAACGAGAAUCAGAAAGUUUAUUGCUAGUUUUUUUUAAAGAAGAGAUAUUACUUAGUUUAAAAGUUUCUCAAUUCAAAGUUAGAGAAAAAGAAACCUGUAUAAUGGUGAAUUUACAGCGAGCCCUGUUCUCUCUUUUGUUCCUCAUUUCGUAUUCUGUGACGUCAGCAACCCCUGAUCCUCUUUGGAAUUCAGCAGCGGAAUCAACAGACAUGGAAGAUUCAGAAGACAGUGUAGAAAGAAUUGACAAACCUUUACUAAACUUUUUAAUUACCCGUAAUGGUCUUGAAAGUGCAGGCAUUCCAGCAUCAAUUGCUGAAAAAAGAUAUGGAUUUGCAGCCAUGAGGGGAAAGAAGUUCUACAACGAUUUGGAAAGUCCAAUAGUGAGGAACAGUAAACGUGCUCGCUUUUUCGGACUCCGUGGGAAAAGAGUUCCAAAUCUUCGACACAAGCUUUCAGACGAAGAAUUUAAAAAUAUUCUUGGAAAACUAUUGAACGAUGCCUAUGAUUUUUCAACGAAUUCAAACGAUGCAGAUUCCAGUCCAGAAAAGCGAUUCCGCUUUACUGCUCUAAGAGGGUGAACGUCAGAUCACGCCUAGAGAAGCCAGAUAUGGAUAUUUUUGCAAAUUAUUUACUAAGGACGUGGUGCAUUUAACAUCUGUUUCUUUUAUAGACAGUUGAUAUAUGUGUUCAUCGAAGUGUCUUCACAAAUUCAUUCAAUUCUAAGUUAAAGUAGUCCUCUUUUUUUUGAAGAAAAAUUCUGUGUACAUUUAUUAUUGACAAUUUGAAAGACAAUUAAUUCAAAGUUGUUAUUUCUUUUUGUUUAAAAUAAAUAAAAGCAUCACCCUUA